UUCACACAUCACACCUCUACACCUCUGUGGCAUACUUUCUCCACCCCCCCACCCUUUCUCCGGAUAAAAGGUCAAGGACAAGAACCGAAAACCUGCGCGCGCCAUGUCUGAUCCUACCAACGCCAAGGCGGAUGUUCGCGACUUGGCUGACUCGACCGACUUGACCGGCAAACGAGUCUUCGUGCGGGUGGACCUCAACGCCCCGCUGUCGAAGGACUCGCCGCCUGCUGUGACCGACGCUACGCGGCUGAGCGCCGCAUGCCCGACCAUCACCUUCUUGGCCGACAAGGGGGCCAAGGUCAUUCUCGCCAGUCAUCUCGGUCGGCCCAAGAAGCAGGUGGUGGAUUCGCUCCGCAUGGACCCGGUGGCCGCCAAACUUUCUGAGCUGCUCGGCAAGGAGGUGAUCAAGAUGGAUGACUGUAUCGGAACCACGGUGGAGGAGCGCAUUUCGUCGAUGGGGAAUGGCGAGAUCAUGCUGUUGGAAAACGUCCGAUUUCACUCCGGCGAGGAAAGCAACGACGAGGAGUUCAGCAAGCAGCUGGCGGCGCUGUGCGACUACUACGUUAACGACGCCUUCGGAACGGCGCACCGCGCCCACGCGUCCACAGAAGGCAUCACCAAGUUCGUCGACCGCAAGGUGUCCGGCAUGUUGAUGGAGAAGGAGCUCAAGUACCUCAAGGGAGCAGUGGACAGCCCUGUUCGGCCGAUGGCGUGUAUUGUGGGGGGUGCCAAGGUGUCUUCUAAGAUUACGGUGAUCGAAGCUCUAAUCGAAAAAUGCGACGUCAUCCUGCUCGGGGGUGGCAUGAUUUUCACCUUCUACAAGGCCAAGGGACUCGGAGUCGGCAAGUCCUUGGUGGAGGACGACUACGUUGAUCUCGCUAGAGACCUCAUGAGCAAAGCAGAGGCGAAGGGUGUCAAGAUGCUCCUUCCGGAGGACGUCGUCGUUGCCGACAAGUUCUCUCCAACGGCCGAAUCGGACACCGUUACGGUCGACAGCAUCCCGGAGGAAUGGAUGGGGCUUGACGUAGGGCCGAAGACGAUCUCCGCCUUCGAGGAUGCCUUGGCUCCAUGCAAAACCAUUGUGUGGAACGGACCAAUGGGGGUGUUCGAGUUCGACAAGUUUGCCGCGGGAACGUUCGCCGUGGCCAGCUGCCUAGCCGACCUCACCUCGAAGGGGGCGAUCACCAUCAUCGGAGGCGGAGACUCGGUGGCUGCCGUGGAGAAGGCCAACCUCGCCGACAAGAUGUCCCACAUUUCCACCGGCGGCGGAGCUAGCCUAGAGCUGCUCGAGGGCAAGGAGCUUCCGGGAGUAAACGCUAUCGAGGAGAGGACGUCUUGAACUGGCAUGCUCGUGAUGCUUGCCGUUCGCCGCUUACUUGGCUGCUGCGGUGGGUAGCGCGGUAUAGGCCUCGUUUAGUGCACUGACGGAAUCAUUGGCACCAUUGAGGUAUCGGCAGCGGAACUUCAUGCGGUACUUUGCUGUAGGAUUGGUUAUGUUCUUCUCUGCUGUAUCCCAUAAAUGUAGGUACGUCGUGAUGGGUUGACCGAUAGCGUGGAUGAGACUAAACUCUUUUCCGACACACGUGUAUUUAAGGUGUAGACGUAUUCUUUGUUUCAUUCUUCCAGAGUUUUUCACGAGUUGUGCAUGUGGCCUUCCCUUUAUUGCCGUUCGGCUUCCCGUCUGUACCGAAGUUGUGGAUCUCAGAGUACCAGGACAUGGUUUGAGUCUGCAAGGCAGGCAGGGUCGUCUAUUUCAAAUUGUUUGGUGUAGUGACUUGUGGACGUUUUGGAGGAUAUUUAAUGUUUGCUCGCGUCUGCGGCGGGAAGGUGACAGGGUAGACGUGGGACGGAGUUAGCCGGUAUUGGGGAAAACACCCCCUUGACUUUUUGCGCGU